AUGGCAGCUACCAACUCAGUAAUUGUUGCCAUCGUGCCACAUCCUGGAUUUAGUCAUGUCAAUUCGCUUUUCCUCCUUGCUCGCCUCAUUGCCUCACAUAAUAUACCGGUACACUUCAUUUGCCUUAGUGAAUUCAACCAAGAUUUAAAGUUGAGUGUUAAAGGUGAAUAUUUUGGGGAUACAAACAAUAUCCAUUUCAAUGAUAUUUUGAUUCCACCAGUUGAAUAUUGCGAAAGCACGGGAAACGGUGAUGAUCGUAUGGUUUUGUUUAGAGAGUUGAUGAAACAACACUGGGAUCCCGUUCAGAGAACCUGCCUGGAACUCUCCAAAAGUACAAAGAAAUUGGUCAUAAUUUAUGACUCGAUAAUGAGGGUUAUUUUAGGGGAUGUUCAUUCAUGCCACAACGUCGAUACUUAUAUUUUUCAUGUUGGCUCGGCUUUAAGCAAAUAUUCUAUGCUUCGACAAUCUAUCAAUGAUUUAGACGUUGUUGAUGAUGAUCAUGAAAAAUUGCUUCAUCAAAUGCAUGAUGAGUUCCCGACUAUGGAUAGUUGUUAUCCACCGCUUAUGGAUGUAUUCGUAAAAGAUUUACAUGAAUGGGACCUCAACUCAGGAGAAUUCAUGAUUUCUUCUAGAGAAGUUGAAGGUAAGUACUUUGAUUUACUUGCUAAUGCGAAAAACAAGAAGCCCUUGUGGGCACUUGGUCCACUUCAUAUGUUGCUACAAUUAUCACAUCAUGACUCUACUUCUUAUCGUCAUGAAUGUCUUGAAUUUCUCGACAAUCAAGAUGUUAAUUCAGUAAUAUUCAUUUCGUUUGGAUCAACACCUAAAUUAUCACAAGAGCAAGUCAAUGAGCUUGCGUUUGGUCUAGAAAAGAGCAAUCAAAGAUUUAUUUGGGUAAUAGGAAAAGGGGAUCAUGAUAAUAAUACUAAUAAUAAAAAAGGUGCAGAUAAAUUUGAAAAAAAAUUCGGAAAGAUUGAAUUACCACAAGGGUUUGAAGAGAGGGUGAAAAGUAGAGGAAUGGCGGUGAGAAAUUGGGUGCCCCAAUUGGAUAUCUUAGGGCAUCCAUCUACGGGUGGAUUUUUAAGUCAUUGUGGGUGGAAUUCCUGUAUGGAAAGCAUUAGCAUGGGAGUUCCAAUAAUAGCUUGGCCAAACGAGUGGGAACAACCCUAUAAUGCUAUCCUUGUAACUAAUGUUCUAAAAAUUGGAAUCUCACUAUUUAAUUGGACUCGCAAGGAUGAGUUAGUGACAUCAGAAUCAAUUGAGAAAUCUGUCAAAAUUUUGAUGGAUACAACAGAAGGGGAAGAGAUGCGGAAGAGGGCGGUCGAGUUGAGCAAUAAGAUCAAGAGUUCUGUUAGCCCCGGAGGUGCGACAUCUAAGGAAGUUGAAUCUUUCAUAUCCUAUAUUACCAAAUAA